UGCAGUUCAACAGACAACUGUGUCACGAUGCUUGGCGUUACUGUUUUUUGUGUGUUCAUUCUUGGUACAGCUACGGCUUUAGACGGAGACGUGCGCUUGUCUGGCGGUUCUAGCCAAAACGGUAGAGUUGAGGUGUUACACGAUGGUCGAUGGGGCUCAAUUUGCCUUGAUGGUUGGGAUUUCAACGAUGCUCUUGUAGUCUGUAAGCAACUGGGCUUUCCAUGGCUCAACCGUGACGAUUGGAACUACGAUGGCGGCAAUUUGACGGAACUAGUCUGGCUUAGUAACGUUCAGUGCAAGGGGUCAGAAACCAGACUAGAUGAAUGCGCGAAUGACGGUUGGACAGAUCAUCAAUGUGCCGAGACAAGACGGGCUGCGGCUGUUGCAUGUAUGGACCAGGAGGAAUUUAAAGGUUCGGAAUUAUAG